GAAUUAACGACUCCUCAACCCCUAGCCGCUCCCGGGACCGGGCGGAAGGUGUAAAGGGACGGACCGGAAGGAGACAAACCUGGUUUUCCGUCUGAUUCUGAACAGCGGCAUCAGGAGGAACAUGGGGAGAAAGUCAUCCAAAGCCAAGGAGAAGAAGCAAAGAAGACUAGAGGAGAGAGCAGCAAUGGAUGCUGUCUGUGCAAAAGUUGAAACGGCAAACAAGCUUGAUGAUCCAUUAGCAUCUUUUCCUGCCUUCAAAAAAUAUGACCGAAAUGGAAUGAACAUAGUGAUAGAGUGCAAAAGAGUAACAGACUUGGACCCCAGCACUGUGGACUGGGCAGUGGAACUGACCAAGACCAACAUGCAGACCAUGUACGAGCAAAGUGAGUGGGGCUGGAAGGAUCGAGAGAAGAAGGAGGAGAUGACAGAUGAACGAGCGUGGUAUCUGGUUGCACGGGAAGGAGACAGUGCGGUGCCCACAGCUUUCUCACAUUUCCGAUUUGAUGUGGAGUGUGGGGAGGAAGUACUGUACUGUUAUGAGGUUCAGCUGGAGAGUCGGGUGAGGAGGAAAGGGUUGGGCAAAUUCUUAAUGCAGAUUCUACAGCUUUUAGCAAACAGUACACAGAUGAAGAAAGUGAUGUUAACAGUAUUUAAGCACAACCAUGGAGCAUAUCAGUUCUUCAAAGAGGCAAUGCAGUUCGAUAUUGAUGAGUCAUCUCCCAGUGUCUCUGGGUGCUGUGGAGAUGACUGCUCCUACGAGAUACUGAGCCGGAGAACCAAAUAUGGGGAGCACCCACAUCCACAUGGCAGUCCACACUGCGGAGGAUGCUGUCAUUGAAGGAUCAACAUUGAGCCCCCACCCCUCCAAAAUUUCCCUUCCAAACAGAUUCAUAAUGCCGUACGAAAUGGAAACUGAGUGAGUGUUCAGUGUAUAAGCUAUCACAGUAUGUGAGUUGUUGGAGAAAGCUUUGCUUGAAAGGUUUUUUUUCCAAACGCACGUACUGUGAAUAACACCCAGACUCUCAUUGCCAGCCCCUACAACUCCAUAGCUGGCCAUUUGGAGCCAAAUCACCUUGCUAUUUACUGGCCAAAUGACAGCUCCUCCUUUUUGAAUAGUAAAAGGGCUGUUUCCAAAUUUUUUUUAAGAAACAACCUUUUUUGUAUAUAAAAAAAGAUCAAAAAUAAUUGAGUCUGAGCAGAAUAUUGAACAGAAAAAUAAUGGAAUUGUGGACUUUUCUAAAGUUCAGUUUUUGAAUAAAUUACAUUUCAGCAAGUUUGAGGACAUACUGUACAUUAUGUCUGUAAUAUAUUUAAUAAAGCAGCUUUCUUUGAAUACUUUCCAUUUUUAAUUCCCUGUACACACUUGUAGGAACUACCUAUGUAAACCUGUCACAGGGUAAUAACGCCCUGCUAUCACUGGAGGUGCUUAGUGUCUGACAACCUUACAUUGGCAGUGCCAUUGUACAUGUCCAGGUAGAAAUUUGUAUUGGAAGUAAGAGCAGAGAUGUUGCAUUAAAAUAGAGUCUAAUCUUCAGUUGGUCCAAUUAUCCCUCACUCUCUUCUUCACCUGAAGUCUGCAAUAGGUCCCCAUCAUCCGAUUCCUAGAUUAUGACACAAAUAGAAAUGAAUGUGUCCUUCUAGUUUUAUAUCCAGGUUCAAUACUUCUGGCACCAAAUUACAGAUUAAAUUACCAGCGGCUCUAAUGAUUGUGUGUGGCCAACAAAAAGAUUUGAGUACUGCAGAUGGGUCCAAUGACUAUCUCCCAGAUUUGUUUAAUCAGCCAGUGCACAUGAACCUGGAUAUCUUUUUAAAGUAUCGUCGGGCUUUUGUGUCUUUGACAUAGAGAACCAGAGACUGAGAUCCAAACAACAAUUGUCCUUACUUUGCAAGCUUUCCACUGAUUAUUUCUUCAUUUUUGAAUCCUGUUUAACUGUACUUUGCAUAUAAGGAGUUGGUCCUUGAAAUAGGACACAUCCAGACUUAAAUUAUUUGUACCAUGGGGUUGUGGGCCUUGUUUCUUUUAAAAAUAUAAUUAUCGAAUAAAUUUUUUUUACUGUU